CUCGAGUACCUGACGGCCGAGAUCCUGGAGCUGGCGGGCAACGCGGCCCGCGACAACAAGAAGACGCGCAUCAUCCCGCGCCACCUGCAGCUGGCCAUCCGCAACGACGAGGAGCUCAACAAGCUGCUGGGCCGCGUCACCAUCGCGCAGGGCGGCGUGCUGCCCAACAUCCAGGCCGUGCUGCUGCCCAAGAAGACUGAGAGCCACCACAAGGCCAAGUGA